AUGGGCAGGAAGUGCACGUUGUGUGGUCGCAAUGGGCAUAACUACAGAACGUGCAGUGAGAAAAGCAAGACCAUCAAAUUGUUCGGUGUGAAGAUCAGUACUAGUAGUAGUGCUAUUUGUAAAAAAGACAAUGGAAGAAAAAUAAAGAAAGGAAUUGCGUGGACAGAGGAUGAACAAAGAUUAUUCUUGAAAGGAUUGGAGAUUCAUGGGAAAGGUAAGUGGGCAAAGAUUAGUAAAGAUUUAUUGCCAAGUAGAACACCAACACAAAUUGCUAGUCAUGCUCAAAAGUAUUUUAUGAGAUUGGAAUAUGCUUCCAAUGACAGAAAAAGUCGUAAGAAGCCAAGUGUUUUCGACGUUCAUCUUCAAAAAACACAGGAGAGUAUGAAUCUUGAAGAAAUCUCAGAAGAGACUAUUGUUUCUGAGCAUGAUAUAAAAAUUGUUCCGUUGGAAAAUCAAGAUCAAGAAACUGCAAACUCUCAAGUGGUGACUCCAAUUGCAACUAGUCAAUCCAUUCCCAAUUAUUACAAUGUAUUGCCUAUUACUUGGGUUCAUCAUAUGUAUGAUUAUCCUGCUUUUUAUGCCAGUGGAAUUGAUUCUGUUGCCUCUACGUCAGCCAGUGGUACAAUGGACCAGCGACUUUCUGGAGUUUCAUCACACUGGAGUCAAUCUUCAAAGGAUAAUUUAGAUCUAACAUUAGCAUAG